AAUAUAUCUCCAUGGUGAUGGUUGUUGACAUGUGUCUGAAUCUGACUGUCACAAAGGAGUUAUGUCUGUUUUACUAAGUUCCAAAAGUGGUUUCAUAUAUUAAAUUGCAGUAAUAAUGUAUAUUUACUUAAGCAAAAAGAUCGCAAUCCCUAAUAACAUUCGAGUAACUUCAAUUGCUUGGAACAAGGAGGAUGGUUUCAUAGCCGUAGGUGGCGAAGGUGGUCUGCUAAAAGUUUUGAAACUUGAUUCCGGUAAUGAUGCGGAAAGUGGCGGUAAAACUAAAGGCAUCUCGUCUUCUUCGAACCUUUCAGUUAAUCAGACAUUAGACGGUCAUUCAGAAACUGUCCAGGUCAUAACGUGGAAUAACAAAUUCCGUAAAUUAACAACAAGUGACCGCUCUGGAAUGAUUAUCGUAUGGAUAUUGUAUAAGGGCACUUGGUACGAAGAAAUGAUAAAUAACCGAAAAAAGUCUGUGGUUGUAGACAUGACCUGGAGUGCCGAUGGAAAUAAAAUUUGUAUUAUAUACGAAGAUGGGGGAAUUAUUGUAGGGUCUGUUGAUGGGAAUCGAAUUUGGGGGAAAGAAAUAAAAAAUGUCACCAUGUCAAAGGUGCAGUGGUCACCAGAUGCUUCAAUAUUGCUAUUUGGUUUCACUGAUGGUAAUAUUCACAUUUACGAUUCUUCAGGUGCUUUUACAGGAACGAUAGAAUUAAUACCUGUACAUGUAUUAAAAAUGACUGUCGGUGCUAAUAUCGUCGGUAUGGAUUGGUAUAAUGGACAAAAUGGUCAUGUGUAUGCUGCCAGUUCAACACUAGCAGUUUGUUGUGAAAAUGGACACCUACAGUUAAUGCGUAAUCCUUUUCACCCUUAUCCGAUCUAUGUCGAUACGAAGAUGACAAUAUCGUGUUGUAGUUGGAACCAUAAUGGCUCCUUAUUGGCUAUAGUGGGUAGACAACAAUUACAUGAUGACAGUAAAAGCAGCAAUGUGGUACAAUUUUACAAUCCAUUUGGCGAGCAUUUACGAACUUUAAAACUGCCAGGCCAACAUGUAUCGUGCUGCACUUGGGAGGAGGGGUCGUUACGCAUAGCUUUUGGAAUUGACUCUUCAGUGUACUUUGCAAACAUUAGACCCGACUAUAAAUGGUGUUAUUUUAAAAACACUAUCGCCUAUAGCUCAGGGCGUUUGUACAAAAAUGGGGUGUGUGUUACAUUUUGGGACAUUGUGAAUUACCAGGUGCAUGUUCAGUAUGUUCUCGGUUUGUUAGAUAUGGCAGCUUAUGAUAAUCACUGUGUUCUGCUUACAAAGUUAGCGGGUGAUGAUCCAAUGGGACGUUUUGGUUUGAUACUUUGCAGUGCUUCUGGAGCUGUUGUGGAUGCAAAGUACGUCGAUUUUGACGUUAAAUGGGUGGCUAUGAAUUCCACACAUGUUGCGGCUGCGUCAAAGAGUAACUACAUUUUGUGGCCUUAUAAGACACCAAAAACAACGAGUGCAUUCUGGAAAAAUCAGGCGUGCCAUUUGUAUCACACUGCCUAUGAUCCAACUGGUGCCACUUUAAUAGUUAACGAUUGUCCGAUACCUACAGGAAUGCAGAACUCAUUUGAUCCUAUUUGUGCAAUUGCUCUUUCGGAAAGGUAUUUACUUAUUGCCAAAGAGUCUGGUACUAUCAAGCAAUACGUUGUUCCUCAUGUUGUGAUUGUGAAAACAUUUAAUCUGACUACUCGUGCGCAUAGGAUGUUCAUCAAUUGUAAUUCAACGCGGUUGUCUUUGAUAGAUAUGACUGGCUUAUUAACCGUGCUAGAUAUUUCUGAAGCUUCCUUUCACCAUAGCGACUCGGAGAAUACUCGUUUGGAACGCAAAGAUGUUUGGGCGAUGUGCUGGGCAUCUGACAAUCCUCAGCUUCUUGCAAUUAUGGAAAAGACAAGGAUGUAUGUGUUUAAAGGAAUUUAUCCCGAGGAACCUAUAUCAACAUCGGGAUAUAUAUGCAGAUUUGAAAAUUUGGAAAUCCAAGCUGUAAUGUUAGAUGAAAUCAUUGACAUACCUGACAAACCAUCAAAGGACCACUUGUUCAAAUUAGAAGUUAAAAGUUUGCGAGAUACUCGCCAGCUAUUAGAAAAAGUGGGCAUUAAGGAAGCUUAUCAGUUUAUUGAAGACAAUCCUCAUCCUCGGCUGUGGAACUUACUGGGUGAAGCUGCAUUGAAAGAUUUGAAUUUCAAAGUGGCAGAAGACGCCUUUAUUCGAUCUCAGGAUUACAGUGGAAUACAAUUCGUAAAAAAACUACGUUUCACCAUGAAUAGCAAUGUUAAGCGAGGUCUAGUGGCCGCCUACUUUAAAAAUUUUGAAGAAGCAGAAAGGUUGUUUAACGAAAAUGACAGGGUAGAUUUAACGUUACAUUUACGUAAAACAUUGGGGGAUUGGUUUCGCGUCAUUCGUAUUAUAAAGUAUGGAUACUACUCUACUCCUGGAUUACUUAAGAAUGCCUACAAUAAAGCGGGGGAUUAUUUUACGCAUAUUAACAAUUGGUCUGCAGCUAAGGAGUACUAUGAAUUGGCAAAAAAUAAGAAAAAAAUGAUCGAGACUUAUUUUCAGUUGGAAGACUUUAAAUCCUUAGCAAACAUGGCGGAAACUCUAGAAGAUUCGGAGCCUAUGUUGGCAGAUAUGGCCAGGGGAUUUGCUGUUGAAGGCGAUUACCUAACGGCUAUCAAAACCUACCUCAAAAUUCAAGAUGUGAAAUCCGCUCUUAAAGUUAGUGUCGAAAAUCACCAAUGGGAGCAAACUGUUCAAAUUGCCCAAAGAUAUCGCAUGAAGGAGGUGUCACAGAUAUUCAUAAAUUAUUCGGAUACUUUGAUUAAGCAAAAUAAGAUUAAUCGAGCAGUAGAGAUUAAUGUUUACGCCAAAUAUUGGCUAACUGCGGCAAAAUGUGCAAUAAAAAUGGCUCGUAAGGAAGCAGAAAUCAAUCUCAAUCAACCAAUUAAAAUUAAAAGAAUGUAUGUUUGUGCUGCUCAUCUUGUGGAAAAAUACAAGAAGGAUCCAAACGAAGAGGAACUAGUGGAUACCAUGGCUGAUGUGAAUUUAGUUGAAAAUUGCUGGGAAGGUGCGGUUGCAUUUCAUUUAUACAUUUUGGCGCAACACCAGUUAUACACUCGUCAAAUCCACGAUGCAGUUUGUACAUUCAACAGAUUACGAAAAUAUACUGCAUAUAUACCUGCCGAAAAAAUAUACUCGAUGCUUGCCUUGACUGCAUAUUUUGAUGGAUUAUUAGGCGUUUCUUCUAACGCUUUUACACAUUUAAAUGCUUUACCAGAACUUCCAGAAAAGGAAAAAGCGGCAUAUAGAGACUUGGCACUAAAAAUUUUCUCCGUCCACGUUCCGGAUCAUACAACUCAACAUCGAAAACAAACAAUGGACUGUUUCAACUGUCAAACGUCCAUUAAUGACUGGGAAAUCAGAUGCUCUUACUGCGAAAUACAAUUUCCGUUUUGUAUUGCGUCUGGUCGCUCAAUUAUAUCAGAGGGCCUUAGGAAUAAAUUUUGUUCUACUUGCAAUCACGUUAUUAUUGAAAAGUAUUUAGGCUACAGGAGAAUGUGUCCGCUUUGCCACAGUGCUUUAUUCAAAAAGUAAUUGCACAUGCACAUUUUCCGUGCCCUCCUCUUUAUUCAAUCAAAGAUAGUACUACACUAGAUAGACACGACUUGCACAGUGUACUCCAAUCAGGUGGUGGUAACUUUUAUCUCAUGAAGGAAAUAACGCCAUAAGAUUUAUUACAAAAUAUUUGUGUGGCCCAUAAUGACGAAUAAUUUUUUAUAGAUAUGAAUGGUCAGGAAAGGGCACUAGCUCGUGUUUUAAAGCACUUAGUGAUUAGGACACACUUUUGUGUAGCAAUUUAAAUCUUAUAAUGCGAAUUUGAAAGGAAUAAUUUUGUUUGAUUGUAAAAUCAUAGAUAUAUUGAAGAAGAACAGUUGUUCAUUUUAACAAUUUGCACAAAGUGACUGUCCAAAGUAGAUGCAUUUAUGCUAUUUAUUCAGACGACAUUUGACGUGUAUCAAAGGUUUGGAGUAAAAUUUUGUACAGUUAAAUUUGUCCGCAGAAUAAGUUGACUCUAUCUGCCGGAACUACAUUUUUGAUAUACUGUUUAUUCAUUGCAUUACAUGCGUGAUAUUAGAACAUUUAACAAUGGUUGGUAUUGCAAUAUGGCUGUACAAAAACGUAUACUGAGACAGUUCUCUCUCUAGUCUCAUUUAAAUUAACAAUAUCGUGGACUAGUAAGGAGAAAGCAUUUAGGCUGAAAUCAUACUUUCUGUCUACCUAUACAUAACUUGGGAAAUCUCUGUAGCAAAAAUCUGAAACCUCGCCCACUCAAAAAUAAAUUAAUAUAAUAAUGUACAAAAACCUCCUGUAAAGUCUUUCUGGAACUAAAUUAACGGUUAACAACUAUUCUGUAUACAUGUCUAUCUAGUGUAACAUUAUCUUGGAUACAGUUAAAACUCUCCCACUAGACAAACGAUGGUAAUCUACAAAUUAGCAGCUAAAAACUGAUUUCCACAAUGGUUAUAACUAGGGACAGGACUUCUGUACAUUGCAUAUUUUUUUGUUCAUUCUUUUUGGCAUAUUGACCCUAAUAUGCCAAUUUGCAGGUGCAUGGAAAUGCAUAUUUUCGGAAAUUUGGGUCAUAGUUCCAUUGUAGUAUUAGGCGUUUACGAUAAUUGGAGCACUCCAUAGCGGUAUGUAUCGAAUGCGUUCGUUAAUUAAAGUUUAAAGAUCUAUCCGAGUUCGGCAAUUAUACCGAAUGUAUCCAAUACAUGUAUCAGAUCCACAACUUACGGAUCAGCUACAUUAGUAGAUACAACCCGCUACAUCCAAAACAUAACCUUAAAAAGUGUUUGGUUAUUCCGGAUUUCACGCAAAUAUGAACAAUGAACCGAGUGCGUUUGGUUACCAUACAUCCACCGGGUGCAUAACAGCUGAUUACUGUACUUUACCACUCGUUAUAUACCGCUCCAAUUAUCGUAAACGCCUAUUAAAAUUGUCAAAUUUACUUCAUUUUGAAAUUUUAAAAUGAGGAAGUAUUUUUCAUUCUCUGGGAUCUACUUACGAAGCCUGUUUUUUAAGAGCCGUUUGAAAAUAAAAAAAACCAAAAGGAAAUUUGUACAAAUUAAUUUUGUUUUCAGAAUCUACAUACUGCAUAUUGCUGCGGGUCUCUAAUUAUAAAUCUAUCGAGAUGUUGUUUUAUAUUACCUACUUUUUAGGAACAUACAAAAUUUGUACCAUAAGUCGUCUAUAAAUAAUAAAUCAUUUAACAAUG